UGUGUUUGCACUGGAACAAUAAAAUUACCAGAGUUUUUAACCUGCAACACAUCCUUACGCAAGUAAAAGAACUUGGUUUGAGUUAUAACUUAUUUUAAGGAGCCAAAGCCUUGAUGCCAAAGGCUUGAUGUGAAGUCAGAAUUUAAAGUAACAUGACAUGAAGUUUGAAUGCUUAAGUGCCCAGUCUGAUAGGUGAAUUUGAAAUCCUUGCCAUUUCAUUCUUACAUCACAGAAUAUGUUACCAAUAUUCUUCAACAGUUGCAAUGAUCUAAUUAUCAAGUGGGAGGAGAUGUCUUCAGACGGAUCAUGUGAAAUAGAUCUAUGGCCUUUCCUUCAAAAUUUAACCAGUGAUAUUAUUGCUCGAGCUGCAUUUGGAAGUAGUUAUGAAGAAGGAAGAAGAAUAUUUGAACUUCUAAAAGAGCAAGCACAACUUGCAGCGCAAAGUAUGAUGAAAGAUUACAUCCCUGGAUGGAGAUUUAUACCAACUGCUAUGCAUAGGAGGAUGAAGGAAAUUAACAGAGAAAUAAAAGCUUCACUUAAAGAUUUGAUUAACAACAAAGAGAAAGCACUAGAGGUGGGUGAAACUACUGAGAAUGACUUGUUAUGUUUACUUUUGGAGUCAAAUCACAAGGAAAUUGAAGAACAUGGAAACAGUAAGACUAUUGGAAUGAGUAUUGAAGAGGUAAUCGAGGAAUGCAAGCUAUUCUACUUUGCAGGGCAAGAAACCACUUCAACUUUACUUGUUUGGACCAUGGUGAUCUUAAGUAUGCACCCUGAUUGGCAAGCACGUGCAAGGGAGGAAGUUUUACAAGUAUUUGGAAAACAAAAACCCGAUUUUCUUGUGCUAAGUCACCUUAAGAUUGUCACAAUGAUUUUGAAUGAAGUUCUUAGGCUGUACUCACCAGUAAUUGGCCUUAAUAGAAAUGUUGACGAAGACGUGAAACUUGGAAACCUAUCAUUACCUGCAGGAGUGCAAGUUUCCUUACCAACAAUUAUGGUUCACCAUAAUCCUGAACUUUGGGGUGAUGAUGCCGAUAAUUUCAAUCCGGAAAGAUUUUCUGAAGGAGUUCUAAAGGCCACUAAUGGCAGAGUUUCAUUUUUUCCAUUUGGAUGGGGUCCUAGAGUGUGCAUUGGACAAAACUUUUCCAUGUUGGAGGCAAAGAUGGCUUUGUCAAUGAUUUUACAACAUUUCACAUUUGAACUUUCUCCAGCUUAUGCUCAUGCUCCUGUUUCAGUGCUUACUCUUCAACCCCGAUAUGGUGCUCAUGUCAUUUUACGUAAACUGCAAGUAUAAUAAUGGUAAUAAGCCUUGUUUGAUUUGCAUUUCACUAUUGCAAAGUUUGAAAUGCAAAUUAAUGGCAGUUUGCUGCUUUUAUUUUCUUAAAAUAUGUUACUGCUGACAUGCUUUUAUUGCACCAUUGAAGAACAUAUGUAUUCAAAAUAAGUCAAGUGUUAGAGUCUUGCUCCAGCUUGCAAUUGUUUAUCAUGACAACAGAUGUUGCUAAUGCUUUUGUAUUCUUCUAAUAUAUAUAUAUUGCGACAAUGAAUGUAUGUGGGUUUUUGUAAGACUCAAUCCACACAAUUCGAUAG